AUGUUCUCUCCAGUACUCUUCAGAUUCUCAAAACCCAAAUCUUGUCUCGUCUUCCUCUUUUUCUUAUCCUCUUUUCAAAAAGAAGUUACGUCAUGUAAUACUCUGUUCAAGUGUGGGAACAUCACUGCUGGUUUCCCUUUCUGGGGAGAGGCUCGACCACAGCCUUGUGGUCAUCCAUCUUUGGGGCUUCGCUGCCAAAAGUCAACAAAUUUCACUUAUCUAAUCAUCUCAGAGCUGAUCUACCGUGUCCUCCUAAACGUCACAGCUACUACUCUUAAACUAGCAAGGCAAGACUUUUUAGGUGGGUUCUGCAAUGCUUCAUUCAGUGGCGCAACGUUAACUCCUGAGCUAUUUGAGCUUUUGCCAGACUACAAGACCCUCUCUGCUAACUACCAAUGCGACCCUAGUCUUCAUUAUCCGUCGAAUUUCACAUGUCCACCAAAAGGUGUUGGUUUGGUGCAUGCGCAUCAGAACGAUGACUAUCAUGGAAAGUGUGGUGUGAGUUUCAACAUCACUGUUCCCACAAGUUAUGCUCCAGAGGAGAAAGCUUUGAAUAUAACCCAUUUGGAAAGUGUUUUCAACGAAGGAUUCGAGGUGAAGCUUAAGAUUGAUGACAGACCGUGUCAAGUAUGUAAAUCCACUGGUGGAAUCUGCGCCUACGACGCUGCUACUCCGGUUUGCUGCAGAACAAACUCGACAUCAGAAAUCAAAUGCACUCACAUGAUUCCACCUCCAUCUAGUGGGUCCAAAAGAGCAAUUGUGUAUGAGUUUCUAAAGAAUGGUUCUCUGGAUCAGUUCCUCUCUAAAAAGAAGCCACUGGGUCUUGAUGUGACUACACUAUAUGAAAUCGCUCUAGGCCUUGCUCGGGGACUCGAGUACUUGCACCAUGGCUGCAAAACAAGGACUGUACAUUUUGAUAUUAAACCUCAAAAUGUACUGUUAGAUGACAAUCUCUGCCCUAAAGUCUCAGACUUUGGGGUUGCUAAGCUAUGCGAGAAGAGGGAAAGCAUCAUGUCAUUGUUAUACACAAGAGGAACCAUAGGUUACAUCGCACCUGAGCCAUGUCCAUUGAAUCGUCCAUUGAUGAAUAGAGUUGUCGAGAUGAUGGAAGGAAGCUUGGAUGCUCUUGAAGUCCCUCCUAAGCCUUCUAUGCAAAUUUCUACAAUGGCUCUUUCAGAAUCUUCAUGUCUUUCGGAAGUGAAGUCUAACAACUCUGAGGAAUUGAUUUGA